AUGUCGAAGAAAAGGAAGAGGGAGGAUGAACAACUGGACCUUGUGGUUGCCCCGCCGAAGACUUUUCCGGUGGAAUUGGUUGAGAAAAUUUUGCUCAGCCUGCCGGCGAACAAGUGGCGAAUGCGUUCCCUUGGGAUCAGCAAGUCGUACAAGAAUCGUCUGUCAGAACCGGAUUUCUUGCGCGACUUUCUCUUCCAGAAUUCCGAUUUCUACAACGAUUCACAGCUUGUCAUCCAGCGUCAGAGCAAUGAUCGCACUCUUCACUCAUUUCACUCGGGGAUUUUCUGCUUAUGUAAUGGCAAUGCCGGCGGCGACAUCUCCACCAUUGCUUUGUGGAACCCUAACACGGCCCAGACCAAGGUACUUCCGGAUUCCAUCCUGACUGAUAGUGUGAAGCCGUAUGGCUUGAGCUUGGAGAGCAUUGGGUUUGGUUUUGAUCCAAAUUCAAACGACUACAAAGUCCUAAGAUGCAUGUCUUGCAUUGAUGAUGAUGAAAUUGGUGGUGAGUAUGAGCACUUUCUAGAGCUGUACAGCCUAAGGAUGAAUUCAUGGAGGCUUCUUGAUAUGGACGGCUAUCAUUGCCCAUACAAUAUCCCGUAUUCUGUGCCAUCCAAUGAUGGGAGAUGGUUCCAUUGGUGCUGUGAGGAUUUCGAACUUGCUCGCUUUGACAUGAGCAGUGAAGAUUAUGACUGGUAUGGCUUCGUAUCUCCAGUAAUGAUGGAUCCCUCACCUAUGAUAUCCUUCUCCAUGGUCAAAGGUUUGUUGGUCGUCAUGUUUAUAAAGGAAGAUUCCUUGGAGACCUGGAUAUCCGUUGAUUACGAGAAAAGGAUGCUGCAACUGUCCUCCGUUAAGCUGAACCAGUUGGAUGCGUGUCCUGUGAAUAUAUGGAAGGAUGGAAGGGGGUUUCUCCAGAGAAGUGGCGACGGAAAGCUCGUGGUCAUUGAUCUUCUCAGUGGGAAUAUUAUUCCCACAGAGCUUCAAAUUGAAGGAGAUUGGACUUCUUUCAAGUUGUUUCCAUAUACUCCAUCUCCAGUUUCGUUGGCAUGA